UAUGUCAUCGAGCAGUAAACACAAAACCUCGUGUUGACUAUCUGAAAUUGUGUCUUCGUAUUUCACGCAUAAAAUUUUACUUUAAAUGGAAAAUUCGCAAGCGGAUGUGCCCAGCGAAAAAGCUGGAACGGGAGUGCACAGCUAUCGAAAUAAAAUUAAAAAACGAAAGAAAAAGUUCAUUGCUAAUGCUAAAGGUUUCGGAAAGACUGGCAACUUUGGACGGGGAACCCGUUUGGAAGGUGAUGAAUGGAGUUAUUUUAUCAAUAUAAUGGACGCUAUACGUCUGGGAUUCGAAAGUCUGGACGAAAAAGUGUCAAUGGCUAACAAUGUUUUCGAGCAAACUGUCGAUAAGGAAAUUCACAUUUCGUCAAACCAGAUCGCCUGCACGAUUUUAGAGCAUCUAAUGCCGUACGUUGAUGCGGACACAUUGGAACGAUUUCACAAAUCGUUUUCCGAAAACUUUCGUCCCAUUUGCUCCGACAAAUUUUCAUCUCACAUUCUGGAGAAGCUGAUCGAGGUAUCGUUUCUACGUGCCGUCGGUCGUCUACAGAGCGACGACGAUGCUGCCAGUGAAAGUAAAUCAAAGAAACCGAGAACGGACACCGUUCCCAACGAAAAGGAUUACAAUUUAACCGAAACAUUCAGCGACACUCAUCGACAAAAUUGCUCUGAGUUCGUCAUCAAAAGCAGCAAGUUUCUCUUGAACAAUUUGGAAGACUUUGUGUGGGACCGUUACGCAUGUCACAUCAUUCGAACCAGUCUCCUGUCGUUGGCUGGAGUAUUCGUUUUUAAAACAAAAGAUUUUGUUGCGUCGAAUCAACAUCAACAACGACAUCAUACCACUGCCGAUAAGGAAACGCCACUGAAAGUCCCCAACGAUUGGUAUGAAAUUAUCAAAGAAUACGCAGAGCGACUGCAGGCAUGGCCGCAAUUUGUCGAUUUUCCGUAUGACGAACUAUCUUCCGGUCUGCUGCAGCAUUUGUGUUUGGCUUUGCAUCAUUCCGAUAAAACUACGUUGAAGCACCUCGGUAAGAAGAUAUUGAACGACAGUUUCAUUAUCGAAGCGGAGCACAACACCGAAGAUGUGAAAGACGACAAGGAUGAUGCCAAAGAUGACAUCCCAGUCGAUGCUCAAGUGAAGAGCAGCCUUCCGAAAGUCUUUACAACAGAACCUUCCAUCAGAUUGUUGGAAACGCUUCUGGUGUCAGCCGGACCUAAGCUAUUGACUCAAAUUUACGUGAAACUCUUCUCGUCUCGACUGAUCGAACUCAGUGACAUGAGAUCGGCAAACUUUGCUGUACAAAAACUGCUGGACAACAUCAAAGUCAAGGAGGAUUUUGAAACCAUUUUCGACGAAAUUGCUCCAAAUAUCGAAAAUUUGUUACGAACACACACGGGCGUGGUACAUUCGCUAGCUCAAGCAUGUUUACGUUUAAGUGCGAAACAAGGGCCCUUCGUGCAAAGUCUACAAGCAGCCCUUCAUUGCACGACACCGAAAGAGAAAUCUGACCGUUUCGCCAUUCUCACAAUGAAGUUGAAACCGUACGAAGUGGACGCUGGUGAAAAAUCAACAUUCGUUCAUUUGCACGGAUCGCUGAUACUGCAGGCAGUGCUGAACUUUAACAAACCCAUCAAAUUGGUGCAAUCACUGUUGGACUCUCCGGCCAUCGAAUUGGCUGAAUUGUUUUGCAGUCCCAGAGGAUCGCACAUUGUGGAUGCGUUUCUGCGGAGCAAAUUCGUCGGCGAGAAAUCACGCGAGAAGUUUUUGAAACACAUGGACGGUCACUAUUUGGAUAUGGCUAUUGCAAAGCACGGUUCGAGGGCUGUUGAAGCAUUAUUUCAAGUGGCUGGAGACAACCAGAAGACUCGAAUUGUGAAGGAGUUAGCCGAAAAAGUGAAUCAAUUGAAUGGAAGUCCAACGGGUCGUCUGUUGAACUAUAAAUUUCGUGUCGAUACGUAUCGAUUGAGUCCAGCUCAGUGGAAAGCUUCGUUUAACAAAGAAAGUAAAGUGGAAAAACUGUUCAAAGACAUUGUUGACAAAUAAACUGGUUGGUAAGUCCGAAAUGAAA